AUGGCGCGUUCAGACGUCGUUCCGGGAGGACGUGCGGGGAAGGCGAUGGCGGCCGCCAAUGCCGCCGCGAUUGGCGGCGGUGGCUCGUCCGUCUCGCUGCAGGACGCGGAUAAGAAGAGCCAUCGCGCGGCGCGGUCAGGGCCGGCGGCGGAGCGCAAGAAGGAGAAGGAUAAGAAGAAACGCGGCGUGGACGACGACGCGGAGGAACGCGAGAACCCGCGAGCGUUUGCUUUCCGCUCGUCGCGUCGAGCCAAGCUACAGGUGGCGAGGCGGGUGGAGCUGCAGCAGCGGCGCAUGCACGCGCCCAGUGCUGCUGCCACGCGCGCACAGGCAUUGGAGCCGCCACCUUUUGUGGUGCUGGUGCAGGGGCCGCCCAAGUGCCGCUGCCACGCAUGCACAGGCGCUGGAACCACCUCCGUUCGUGGUGCAGGUACAGGGUCCGCCCAAGGCCGUGGUGCACAUGCAGCAGCGGCGCAUGCAUGCGCCCAGUGCUUCUGCCAUGCGCGCACAGGCACUGUAGCCGCCACCCUUCGUGGUGCUGGUGCAGGGUCCGCCCAAGGUGGGCAAGACGACACUCAUCCGCUCGCUGAUAAAGCACUACACCAAGCACAACUUGAGGUGACCUUUGCGCUCCCCGCUCUUACGCUCCUCUCCCCCCUCUGCGCUCCCUCCCUGCCCUCUCCCCCUCUGGUAGGUGGGCAAGACGACACUCAUCCGCUUGCUGAUAAAGAACUACACCAAGCACAACUUGAGGUGACCUUUGCGCUCCCCGCUCUUACGCCCCUCUCCCCCCUCUGCGCUCCCUCCCUGCCCUCUCCCCCUCUGGCAGGUGGGCAAGACGACACUCAUCCGCUCGCUGAUAAAGCACUACACCAAGCACAACAUUCCGGACGUCAAGGGUCCCAUCACUGUUUGUCUCAGGUGGGUUAUCACCACCACCUCUGUUGUCUCAGGUGGGUAACCACCACCGCCUCUGUUGUCUCAGGUGGGUUACCACCACCGCCUCUGUUGCCUCAGGUGAGUCGUCCCCACCAUCUCUGUUUUACCCUUUUCUCACUCGUCCUUUGCGUCCCUCCCCUGUUCUCCUUAACCCUUAACCCGCCCAGGAAAGAAGCGCCGCCUGCUGUUCAUAGAGUGCAGCGGCAGCGUGCACGCCAUGCUGGAUGCGGCCAAGUUCCUUCCUCAUUCCCCCUUGCGCCCCCUCCCCUCCGCCCCCUCUCCCCUCUCAGGCAAGAAGCAGUGUGCUGGAUGCUCUUAUUCAUCCUAUCUUCUCCUCCUCACUCUUACUUCUCUCCACCCUUACCCCUCACAGGCAAGAAGCGUCGGCUGCUGUUCAUAGAGUGCAGCGGCAGCGUGCACGCCAUGCUGGAUGCGACCAAGCAAGAAGCGCCGGCUGCUGUUCAUAGAGUGCAGCGGCAGCGUGCAUGCCAUGCUGCAUGCUGUCACCUCUCCGACCUUCUUCUCACUCCUCCUUCUCCUCCCUGCUUUCUGCCCUUACUCCACCCAGGCAAGAAGCGCCGUCUCCUCUUCAUAGAGUGCAGCGGCAGCGUGCACGCCAUGCUGGAUGCGGCAAAGUUCGCAGACCUCGUGCUGCUGCUCAUCGACGGCAGCUUCGGCUUUGAGAUGGUGGGUGUGCCUACAUGUCUAUACAUCGUGCAUGCCAUGUUGGAUGCGGCCAAGUUCGCAGACCUCGUGCUACUGCUCAUAGACGGCAGCUUCGGCUUCGAAAUGGAGACCUUUGAGUUCCAGAACAUGCUGCAGGUGCACGGCUUCCCCAAGGUCAUGGGCGUGCUGACGCACCUGGACAGAUUCAGAGACCCGCACAAGCUCGAAACCUUUGAGUUCCAGAACAUGCUGCAGGUGCACGGCUUCCCCAAGGUCAUGGGCGUGCUGACGCACCUGGACGGCUUCAGAGACCCGCACAAGCUCAAGAAGACCAAGAAGACCCUCAAGCACCGCUUCUGGACCGAGAUAUACGACGGAGCUAAGCUGUUUUACUUGUCAGGGUUUAUUCAUGGCAGGUACCCCAAGCGCGAGGUGCUGAAUCUGGCUCGGUUUAUUUCAGUUGCCAAGUUCCGCCCGCUCUCCUGGCGAACUGCCCACGGAUACGUGGUGGCCGACAGGGUGGAAGAUCUAACGGAGACGGAGGAGGUUCGGAGAAACCCUAAGUGCGAUCGGACGGUUGCGAUUUACGGGUACUUGCGUGGGUGCAAUCUGAAGCAGGGCUUUAAGGUGCAUAUCGCGGGGGUGGGUGACGUGGCGGUGGAGUCGAUUACGCAGCUGCCCGACCCCUGCCCGCUGCCCGGGGCGAAAAAGAAGCGGAGUCUGAACGAGCGGGAGAAGCUUCUUUAUGCGCCGAUGGCUGAUAUAGGGGAUAUACUGUAUGAUAAAGAUGCGGUUUAUAUUAAUAUUCCAGAUCAUCAGGUGCAGUAUUCUAAGGUUGAGGAGAAUGGAAGAGGAGGGAAAGAGGAGGACGAUGAGUGGUCGGAUGAGGGAGAGGGGGGUGAGGGGAGGAAGAGAGAGGAAGAUGAUGAUGAGGAAGAGGAGGAAGAGGAGGAAGAGGACGAGGAGGAGGGGGAGGGGGAGGGGAAGGGAGGCAAAGGGAAGGGGGGGGGUGGAAAGCAGAAGGAUGAGGGAGAGGAGAUGGUGAAAACCCUGCAGGCUGCUGACGUGGCGGUUGAUGAUAAGCUGAAAUCGAGCACGAUCUCGCUGUUCAAAUGGACGGCCCCGAUUCGAGACGUGAGUGAGGUGGAGGGAGGGAGGGAGGAGGAGAUGGGUGGGGAGGAGGAGGAUGGAGAGGGGAUUGAAGAGGAUGAAAGUGAGGAUGAGGAGGAGAUGGGUGGGGAGGAGGGGGAUGAGGAGGAAACGGGUCUGAAGGAGGAGAGGAGGAGGGAUGCAAAGGGAAGGAUGAGGCGUGCAGUAGUUUUCGAAGGAGACGGUGCUGAGAAUGAGGAUGAGGGGGGGGAUGAGGAAGAGGAGGAGGAUGAUGACGAGGAGGAAGAAGAGGAGGAGGAUGAUGAUGGGGAGGAAGAGGAAGAGGGAUGGGAGCUAGAGGAGGAAGGAAAGGAGGGAGGUGCAAUGGAGGAGGAAGAUGAAAUGGAUGAGGAAAUGGAAGAGGAGGAGGAAGGGGAUGAAGACGAAGAGAAGGAGGAGGAGGAGGAUGAGGAGGGGGAUGAGGAGGAUGGAGCUGGUGGUGAGGGAAGUGAGGAGGACGAGGAGCAGGACGAGGAGGAAGAGGAGGAGGAGGAGGAGCUUUUUCGGCCAAGGAGGAAGCAGCAGGACGGCUCCUCCUCCUCUCAAGCUGCACUCACUGAUGAUAUAGAUGCCGAGGAUUGUGUGCGAGUGCGUCCAGAUGCAGUGAACCUGGCGCAGUGGGACAAUCCCGAGGUGGUCGAAUCCCUCAGGGACCGGUUUGUGACUGGGAACUGGUCCAAGGCGGGCGAGAGGCGGCGCAAGGGGGGGGCGAAGGGGAAGAAAGGUGGGGGAGAGGAUGGGGGGAGUGAUGAGGAGGAGGAUGGGGAUGGGGAGGAGGAAGAUGUGUUUGGGGAUUUUGAAGAUCUAGAGACUGGGGAGAAAUUUGGACCUGGGGGGGAAGGGGAGGGGGGAGGCGGGGGAGGGGGAGGAGGGGGAGGAGGGGGAGGAGGGGGAGGGAAGAUGAUUGAAGGAGCAGCUGGAAGCGAGGAAGCAGAGGACGGAGGCAGCUCUGGCAGAGGUGGACGAGGCAGGCGGAGCGGUCUGGCAGGCUCAAGUGCCGUCUAUUGUUCCCCCUCGCAUCUCUGUUUGUCCCUCCAGUUGAAGGAGCAGCUGGAAGCGAGGAAGCAGAGGACGGAAGCGGCUCUGCCGGAGGUGGAUGAAGCCGGCCGAGUGGUCACUCCUGCCUGUUCUCUCCCCCCUCUCCGCCCCUUCUCUCCCCCCUCUCCGCCCCUUCUCUCCCCCCUCUCCGCCCCUUCUCUCCCCCCUCUCCGCCCCUUCUCUCCCCCCGCUCCGCCCCUUCUCUCCUCCCUCUCCGCCCCUUCUCUCCCCCCUCUCCGCCCCUUCUCUCCCCCCUCUCCGCCCCUUCUCUCCCCCCUCUCCGCCCCUUCUCUCCCCCCUCUCCGCCCGUUCUCUCCCCCCUCUCCACCCGUUCUCUCCCCCCUCUCCGCCCCUUCUCUCCCCCCUCUCCGCCCGUUCUCUCCCCCCUCUCCGCCCGUUCUCUCCCCCCUCUCCGCCCGUUCUCUCCCCCCUCUCCGCCCCUUCUCUUCCCCCUCUCCUGCCCCUUCUCUCCCCCCUCUCCUCCCCCUGUCUCCCCCCUCUCCUCCUCCUGUCUCCCCCCUCUCCUCCCCCUGUUUCCCCCCUCUCCUCCCCCUGUCUCCCCCCUCUCCUCACCCUUUGAAGGAGCAGCUGGAAGCGAGGAAGCAGAGGACCGAGGCGGCACUGGCAGAAGUCGACGAGGCUACCCGCGUGGCAAUGGAGGGCUUCCCCGUGGGGGCGUACCUGCGCCUGCUGUUCCGCGCACUGCCGGGAGAAUUUAUGCUGCACUUUGACCCGCGAGUUCCCGUGCUUGUGGGAGCUGUCCCGCCCACAGAGGAAACGCUCGGAUAUCUGAGGGUGUGGCUGAAGAAGCACCGGUGGCACCGCAAGGUGCUGAAAACGCGGGACCCCCUCGUCCUGUCCGCUGGAUGGCGGCGCUUCCAGUCCGUGCCCGUGUUUGCCAUGGAGGAUACCAACGGGCGGCACCGGCUGAUCAAGUACACGCCCGAGCACAUGCACUGCCUGGCUGUCAUGUGGGCGCCCUUGCUGCCACCCAACACUGGCCUUCUUGCCUUGUCAUCUGGUGCUGCUUCUGGCAACAGCAAGCAGGCGUCCUUCCGCAUCAGCGCUACAGGCGUGGUGUUGGAGCAGCAACAGUCAGCUCAAGUGGUGAAAAAGCUCAAGCUGGUGGGCACGCCCGUGAAGAUCUUCCGUCACACCGCGUUCAUCAAGGAUAUGUUCUCCUCCCAGCUUGAGGUGGCACGGUUUGAAGGGGCGGCUGUACGCACUGUAUCAGGCAUCCGUGGGCAGAUCAAGAAGGCUCUGAAGCACGGGCAGGGGCCGGAGGGCAGUGUGAGGUGCGCCUUUGAGGACAAGAUUCUGAUGAGCGACAUUGUCUUUCUGCGCGCCUGGGUCAAGCCCAUCGAGAGGCGUCCUCGCUCAUUCAACCCGCUCAAAGUCCCGGCGAAGCUGCAGGCCGCCCUGCCCUUCUCCUCCAAGCCUAAGGACGAGGCUCGGCGCACAACACCGAGCCUGGAGCAGCAGCGGCCUGCGGUGGUGCUGGAGCCUCAGGAGAGGCGGCUGCACACUAUGGUGCAGCAGCUCAACACCAUCAAGAACCAAAAGGUGAAGAAGCGGAGGGAGACGACGCGCAAGAAGCGAGCAGAGUACGAGAAGCGCAAGGCAGCGGACGAGGAGGAGCAGAAGUACAGGCGGCGCGAGGAGAAGAGGGAGAAGUACCGGAAGGAGGCGAAGAGGAAGUUCGGGGGGGGGUAG